AUGCGCAAUCGAGUACUAAGCAAGGAUGACGAUAAUGUUAAGGAUUACUUCUCAACUUAAAAACGAAAACAAGACAAUAAUAUCUAAUUUUGGCAAGGGUAUAUGUCAAUUGCCCUCAACAGUACAGAAGCAGGAGUGAGAUAAUUCCUAACACAGAUGAGAAGAAAUGGGAGCUUUCAAUAAAUAGACAAAAAACAAAAACCUGCAGUUACUGAAUAAGAAUAAUUUUUGGAGACUCCAAAUCAUAGUAUCGUCAAAUCUCUUGAUCCUCAAUUUCCUCCUUUCAUUAGAAAAGUCAAGGAAAUAACAAGUUAUGAAUUUCUAUCUCAGAUUUAUGAGUUGCAUAACAGAAAAUAAAGAAAUCAAUCCUUAAUAGAACAACUUAUUGGAAAAACCAAUAAUGAAAUUAUUGUCUUUCCUAAAACCAUUCAUCGUAAGAACAUCUAAAAAAGAUCGUAACGUUGUCAAUCCGUUGCCUAAAAAGACAUUGAAUUGGACAGCAUGAAAGGAUAACUAAUCUAAGUAAAAUAAGUUUAAGUUCAACUCAUACCCAAAGAGACAACUCCAAAACCGUUGAAGAGAUUAAUACCUAUAAUCAAAUUAGAAAGGACUACUUCCCCUAUUAAAAAGGUUCAAGCUCCCUAAUCCUAAACAAAAAAAAAGUUGUUCAUCGAUGAUACUAGGUAUUGGGAUUUAGGUUAUAUCAAAUUUAUACAAUGUCCCAGCGUAUAAGAAAUAAAUUAAAUCAUAAAUUUUACAAAUGCUCUUCAAGUUCUACCAGCAUAACACUAAAAAUACUAUAAGCUUUAUGUUGGUAGAGGGAAUAAUCACAUGAUGGUUAAAAGUAUUUUUAGUAUGAGAGCAUAAUGGACGGUAGGGGGAAAUUUGGAAGAGGAUGAUUUUAACUUUAUUUGGACUCAAAAAUUUAUUGAUUUUCCUUAAUCUGAGAUUAGACCUAUCUAAAGAUCAAUUUCUAAUGAAACGAUUGAAGGAUGGAUCGAUUCGAACGAUUAAGCACUAAUCAGAUAGGCUUGGGAUCGUGUGGAAGGAAAAUCAAAGAAGAAGCUAGCAGAUUAUAAUCUUGAAAGUUAGCCUCUUCUUAAUAAUGUAAGCUAAUUAUUCUAUUUUAUAGUUAAGUAAUGUCAAAGAACUUCUCACAAUUAAUCAUUAAAAUUAAUCUAUUAGGAUUCAUAAUCAUCUUAAGGAAGGAAAUUAAUUAGGAGAUAAGAAAUUUUUGUUUCUAAAUUUAAGCAAACACUGUAAAGAAAACUAAAUAGAUUUAUGGACCCUAAUUCCUUUGACUUUCCAUAUAUAAGGUCCAAAUGAUGAAUCCUUUACACAUUUUAAGAAAAAAUUUGAAGAGGUUUCUGAUGAUUCUACAUUCAAAAACAUUUGGAUUAUUAAACCUGGAGAGGACAGCAAUCGAGGAUAAGGCAUAAAAGGUAUGUAUGUUGUUAUUUUCUUAGUUUACAAUAAUUUAAAUGAAAUCUAUUAACACAUUUCUUAAUAAAAUCAUACUUUCAUUCUAUAGAAAUAUAUUGAGAACCCAUUUCUUUACUAAAAGAGAAAAUUUGAUAUAAGGGGGUAUUGUCUUAUCACGAUAAUAAAUGGAGCGAAAAAAGGUAGUGAUCAUAUUAAUAAGUAGAUAGUAUUUUGGUAUAAAAAGGGAUACCUCCGUACUUCAAGUAGUUUAUUUAGUUUGGAUUCACUAGACAAUCAGAAGAUUCAUCUUACCAAUGAUGCAAUUCAAAAUAGAAUGAAUGGAUAUGGCAAAUUUGAAAAAGGUAUUGAUUUCAUAAAAUAUUACAGGCAAUAAGGUUUCGUAUGAGCAAUUCUAGAACUAUUUAAUAGAACAGAAUAAAUAAAAUAAUACCAACUACAGUUUCGAAGAGCUUUACAAGAAUAUGAAGGUAAACUAUAAUAAAAAUCAUAUUAUUAGUAAUUAACUAAGAUAGCUUGUGCCUCAAGCAUUAACUAGAUCAAUAAUGCUGAUUAAGUUUUUGGAUUUGAAUUGUAUGGUCUAGAUUUCAUGAUUACUAAUGAGUUUAAACCGAUCCUAAUAGAAUUCAAUACAAAUCCCUGUAUUGAAACAGGAUGUCCAGUGCUAGCCAAAAUUAUAUCAGGACUAUUAGAUAAUUUAUUUAGGUAAAAAUUUAUUAAUUUUUGAGAUUCAUUAUUGACCCACUCUUUCCUGCUAAAAAAACAAACCUUGAUGAUUUUAACAGUAAAAAUGAUUUUGAAUUAUUAUUAUAAUCAUAAUUAUGA